AUGUCGCAGUUUGCCCAGCAAGUUUUCGAGAAACGGCAAGAGGACAUCCAGAAGCAGCAGGAUACGUCCGCGGAAAUUCGCGCGGAGUACAGGAAACUUAGAACUACGUCGAAAGCACACGCGCGAUCCGGUAACGCAGAUAAUCACCAAGACGAGACCUCAGCUUUGAUAGAGCCGUAUCUCAGACCUCGGAAAGAGGCCUGGUUGGCCCUAGCUCUGUUCUGCGCGCUUCUGUGCAUGCAAUGCUGCGUGUGGAACACUUGGGGCCCGAUCGCUGGUUCCAGUUUGCUGGCCUUCCCGAGCUGGGACCAGUCCUUGAUAGCCUUGCUCUCUAAUUGGGGAUGCAUCAGCUAUAUCACCUGCUGCGUGCCCUGCUGUUGGUUCCUCCACAAUAAAGGUCUACUUGUAAAUAUCAUAUGCCUGUUGAUGCCUCUACAAAUGGCGGCGAUCCUUUCAACCUUGGCCACUUUCAUUCGAUGUGUUUCCUCCAAGGAAAGAAUCUUCACAAUAACAGCGCAUACCGCGGCCAUACUGAACGGAUUAUCGGGGGUGAUCCUUGGUCCUGCCACGGCGCUCGUCUCCGCGGUCUGGUUUCCUCCCGGAGAACGCACAACCGCUACUGGUAUCUGCUAA